GAGGGUGGACCAAGUGAUCGUCGGGGGAAAGGAUGGCAACUUUGGUUUAAUAUAACAAUUAUUUCAAUUAUUUCACUUUAUUUAUUACUUACUGAAAAUAAUCAAAGUAACUUAACCCAAUAG